AUGACGUGUUUUUAUAUGCUAAAUGAUAUCUUUUAUACACCUGAAUAUACGUCUACAGAGACGCAUUCUAUAGACACAAAAGACAUGGGAAAGGAAAAUGCAGCAGAUAUUGCGGAUCAAUUAGAAAUUUUCUCAUUAUCUAUAGUUACUGAGCAAACAAUGGAAUCAGCCAUGAAACAUCUUAAUACUUUUGGAGAGCGUCUUGAAAAAGCAAAAACUCUAAUUUCAGAAUCUGAUUAUAUGAAAACAAUUAGUACAGAUCAAGCCAUGGACUCAAUGAUGUAUAAUAAUAUGGAAUUUGUAUCACAAAAUAAAUUGAUACAACAAAAUGAAUUGAUACAACAAAAUGAAUUGAUACAAGAUAUGUUAAAAUUGGGAGAUGACAUACGGGAUAUGAAGAAACGUAUAAUAUUUUCAAGAGAUUGGCAGCGUGGUGUAUCAUCUUUAGAUCAAGCUUCUCAAAUAUUAAAAAAAAACAACACUUUAAAUACUUCUUUAGAUAUAGCAAAACAAGGGUUUGAAGCAGCAAAACUGUUGAAGAAAAGUUAUGACAUAUUCGAAAGAGAUUUAAUGGCGCGUUUCCCUAUAUUAUCAUCUGAAUUAUCUGUUUAUGAAGCAAAUCUAUCCAAUUCAAGAUUUUUAACAAAAACUGAGUCAGAUUCUAGUAUUUUUUCAACAUCUUCACAUAUGAAUACAUCAAGCAUUUCAUCAUUAGAUACAAUAGAUCAUUGUAAAUUGGGUGAUAGGGUUAUUUAUGAAAAUGCAAUGUUAAAUACCGAAGUUUCAUGGGAACCUCUAUCAAAUUUUUGUCAGCCAUUAAAUUUUGAUACAUUUUUAAAAAGUGACAUUGAAUCAUUAUCAUUCUUAAAUGUAGAAAAUAGUGAUAUAAAAAGUAUAGAGAAAUAUUUUUCUUGUAUGGAACCAGAACUUGUUGAAAGAUUAUUUGAAGCAAUGAAAAGAUUAACCAUUGACCCUUUGUCAAAUGGGGACAUACAUAAUGCUAAUAAAAGUUACAGUAAUAAACUUAAAAUAGAAGCAGCAUUAAAAAUUCUGGAAGAUGAAUAA